AUGAAGUGUAUUCACCUUAUUGACUCCAGAUCCAUAUCUAGCGAAGCUAUCACCCCAGUCAUGGUCGAGGAGAAUAACCUGCUGAACCGCUUGUCGGUGGAAGAGAAAGUACAACUUCUGUCAGCGGUCGAUUGGUGGCGGACUCCCGUCAUUAAGAAGGAUGGCGUAUUCAUCCCUCACAUCAAGAUGUCCGAUGGGUCCAAUGGAGCUCGUGGAGAGAGCUACGUGAGUGGUAUCACCGCGGCUUGCUUCCCAUGCUCCACCGGCGUCGGGGCCACAUUCGACGUCGAUCGAGUCCAUCAGCUCGGUGUGGAAAUCGCCAAGGAGACAAUCACCAAAUCGGCAAAUGUGCUGUUGGCUCCAACCAUGAACAUCAUUCGUUCCCCUCUAGGUGAGUUUGUUCCAUUCCAGCAUCUCCAAGGCACGGCAUUGCUUAACAGAACGCGCACAGGAGGGCGAAAUUAUGAGACAUAUUCGGAAGACCCGUAUGUCAUAGGAACUUUGGCCGCUGCUUUUGUGAAUGGCUGUCAAUCACAGGGAAUCGCAGCAACCCCUAAGCAUUUUGUUGCGAAUGACUCGGAGAAGUCCCACACAAAAAUGACGUCCGAGGUUGACGAGCAAACCCUUCGGGAGAUAUACAUGCUUCCUUUCCAGCUUGUGUGCCGCGACUCAGAUCCAUGGUGUCUGAUGACAUCAAAAGAAUGGGGCUUUUCUGGUGUCGUUGUCUCGGACUGGCUUGGCGUAUACUCGACAGCUAAGGCUGUUAACUCCGGCCUCGACCUCGAAAUGCCUGGUCCAACCAGAUGGCGAGGCUCAAAGCUUCUCGCGGAGGUUGAGAGGUCCGCAGUUGAUAUCAAAGCGGUUGAUAGGAGCGUCGAGAGAAUCUUGGCCCUGGCUGAGAAAACAGGACGCUUUGACAAUCCAGAAGAACAGCCGGAACGAUCAGUUCUUGACAAUGAACGCAUGGAUUUCAUUGCGAAUCUCGCCGCUGAGGGAGCCGUUCUUCUCAAGAAUGAGGGUGCACUACUACCACUCAGUCCGGGUACACGGUUGGCCGUGAUAGGUCAUCACGCAACGAGUCCCAGUAUCGGUGGUGGCGGGAGCGCUAAGGUCCUUGCUCAGCAUAUCAUCUCUCCCCUCGAGGCUCUUGAGAAAUCUGGGUUUGAUUGUCGGCAUAGCCCGGGAGUUCCGGUGCAUGCGACAGUUCCUCAUUUCAACCCUGAUGUCAUCUCUGCAAAAGAUAAUUCCUUACACCAGAGCGAGUUAGACGCUCAUCCAAUCCUGCUCGAGUGGUUUAAUGGCUCUGCUGUGGGGCAUAGCAAGGCCCACGAACAAAGGAUUGCCGUUGCUGAGUAUAUGAUCAAAGAAGCUUGGCCAGAGUUUCUUGAUCGUGAAUACUGCACUCGUAUGUCAUUUACUCUGCGUCCAAGAAGUGAUGGAAGCCACACUUUCUCGGUAAUAACUACCGGGGUCGCGAAGGUCUUCAUCAAUGGCAAAGAGGUCUUUCACCGGGCACAAGAGCCCACCCUCAAGCCUGAGUCAUUUUACUUCUACAAAGCCAAGAUCGAGCGGAAGUUCUCUUUAUACCUCAAGAAGGAAUCUGCCGUCGAUGUCGAAAUUCAUUCAUGGGCAGCUGACCCAGCUGUGCUCGGCCAAGUUGAAGGAACCGUUUUCCAAGGAUCGUCACUUCGCUUCAUGGAAUACAUCAAUAUCUCAAAAGCCAUUGAUGAUGCUUCUCUUUGCGCAUCCGAAGCCGAUGUGGCCGUCGUAUUUGUGGGAAACACGAAUGAGAUCGAGUCCGAGGGAUAUGAUCGUGAUACCAUGGACUUGACGAAAGACCAAUACUCGCUGAUAUCCGCCGUGGCAGCUCAUAAUCCCAAGACUAUCGUAGUCAACUUUUCCGGGUCUCCAGUGACUGUCAGCCCCUUCAUCGACGAUGUUCCAGUAUUCCUACAGUCCUGGUUCGCUGGCCAAGAAUGUGGCACUUCCGUCGCCAAGGUCCUGACAGGUGCAGUGAAUCCUUGUGGAAAACUCCCCAUGUCAUGGCCCCGGAGGAACGAAGAUAACCCUGCUUUCAACAACUUCCCUUGCGACGAUAAUGACGUGCUUUUGUACGCGGAAGGACUCAAAAUCGGCUACCGCUAUUACGACGCAGAAGAUGCGCCCACUCCCCAAUUCCACUUUGGGUAUGGCCUCUCAUACACGACUUUUGAGCUCUUUAGCCUCAAACUUGCAAGUGCUGAGUUUGGCGAGCCGGAUCAAACCAAAGUCACGCUUGCCUGCGAGGUGGGUGACACAGGCCCCCGAUCUGGAAAGACUGUUGUUCAGAUUUACGUCUCAUACGAUGGAAAUCCGACUCGGGCGCUUCACCCUCGUCCCCCGAAGGAAUUGAAAUCCUUCCAAAAAAUACAUUUGGAAUCAGGGGAGCGACAGAAGAUAGAUUUUGUCCUUGACAAGUAUGCGUUUAGUUUCUUUGACUCGCAUGAGGGUAAAUGGAAGCUCCAGGAUGGGCCGUAUACUGUCCACGCGAGUAUCUCGUCUGCGGAAAAGUCGUUGUCCUUGCCGUUGGAUGUUUUAAGCUCACACUAUUGGAGUGGUUUCUAG